AUUUGAAUUCAUAUAAAUAUCAAAUUAGUAUCCAGCUCUCAACUUUGACUUGUUCACGUCUUCCAUUGAUGAUGAUGAUGGAUACGCCGGUUGCCUUGGUUAUUGAUGUCACGUGAGUUGGCGUUGACGUGUGGCGAUAGCUCUUGCCCCACGGCGCGUCCACGCGACUGUCAGCACCAGGACUUUCCAGGCUUCCAUCUUGACUCCUCACCCCUCGUUCACAUCACUCACCUUGAAUCUGUUGAAUCACGUUGAACACACUCUCCCAUUACGCAGGUAUUUCGAUCCGUCGCAAUGAGCCAAGAAUAUGAUGAGGCUCAGGCCGGUGAGGAAGCCAUGGACGGCCCCGGCGCGCCCACGCCACUCUCGGCCCUCGAGGGAGUCGCUGGUCUCACCAAACGUGACAUCCAGCUUGUGGUCGAUGGUGGCUUCAACACUGUGGAGUCGGUUGCUUACACACCACGACGAACGCUUGAGCAGAUCAAAGGCAUUUCGGAGCAAAAGGCUGCCAAGAUUCUUGGAGAAGCCUCCAAACUGGUCCCAAUGGGCUUCACCACGGCUACCGAGAUGCACCAGCGUCGAAGUGUGCUCAUUUCCAUCACUACAGGGUCGAAGAACUUAGACACGCUUCUUGCUGGUGGUAUCGAGACCGGCUCCGUGACCGAGCUAUUUGGCGAGUUCAGAACGGGGAAGAGUCAGAUUUGCCAUACCCUCGCGGUCACUUGCCAAUUGCCAUUUGACAUGGGCGGCGGCGAGGGGAAAUGCCUCUACAUUGAUACUGAGGGCACGUUCCGACCUGUCCGUAUGUUGGCUGUGGCCAAUCGGUUUGGGUUGUCCGGAGAAGAAGUCCUCGACAAUGUUGCCUACGCUCGUGCUUACAACUCGGAUCAUCAGCUCCAGCUCCUCAACCAGGCAUCGGCCAUGAUGUGCGAGACGCGAUUCUCUCUCCUCAUUGUCGACAGUGCCACAUCACUGUACAGGACCGACUUUUGCGGCCGAGGUGAACUCUCGAAUCGCCAAACUCAUCUUGCCAAGUUCAUGCGUACGUUGCAGCGCCUGGCGGACGAGUUUGGCAUCGCUGUCGUCAUCACUAAUCAGGUCGUUGCUCAAGUCGACGGUGGACCGAGUGCAAUGUUCAACCCUGAUCCGAAGAAACCAAUUGGAGGCAACAUUAUCGCCCACGCCAGUACUACCCGAAUCAGUCUGAAGAAGGGACGUGGUGAGACCCGCAUUGCGAAGAUUUACGACAGUCCCUGCCUUCCUGAGGCUGACACAUUAUUCGCAAUCAGCGAAGAGGGCAUUACGGACCCUGCCCCCAAGGAUGUGGAGAAGGACUGAGCCAGUGAUCAUGUUUCGUUGUCUCCGAUGUAAUGAAGGGUUGAUGACAUGGUGUUGGUACUGCAUGGCUUGCGGCGUUAUGUGUAGGGUGUUUUCUCUGGGACCGAUAAUUCGCAAAAUACAUCGCUUUGACAUUGAUCGUGAAAAUUUCUUCCCGAUAUUGAUAUCUCAAGGAUCGAUAUAAGAAAUGCAACCAUGUGUUGCGGACAAAUGUUGAGAGGCUACAACUCGAAAGUUGAAGUUUAGCUGAUUGCCAUAUUGGGCUAGCGUGCCGUUUGGAGCGCGGUUUGGUCUAAAUUCUGCCGCCAUUGACAUCCAACGCGACC